UACAUAAACAAAGCUUGAACGGGAAAAUCGGAAAAUGCCUGAUGUUUCGGCGUGUUUAGCUGCGGCAACCUUUAUGUUAAUAUCUAUUAUUCCUUUUUAUUUUAGUAAUGAUGCCCAGCCUAAACCAUAUAUGGAUGAAAUAUUCCAUGUUCCACAAGCCAAGCGAUUCUGUGAUGGCAAUUAUAGCUAUUGGGAUCCAAUGAUUACAACACUUCCUGGUCUAUAUAUAGUAUCAGUAGUUAUACUAAAACCAUUGUCUCUAAUACUACCACACACUCAAGAUGUCUGCUCAACUCAUAAUCUACGAGCCGUUAAUCUCCUGUUUAUGGCGGGGAAUAUGUUCUUAUUGUAUCUCAUUAUCAAGAGGAUUCACGUCAACAAUAAGAUGAUCUCAAAUUCAACAUUAGUUCUGAAUGCGUGGACGCUUGCGUUUUUCCCAGUGUUAUAUUUCUUUUCGUGGAUGUAUUAUACCGAUCCAGGGGCUGUGUUUUUUACACUUUUAAUGUACUAUCUUAAUCUCAAAAGUAGCCAUUUUGUGUCGGCCAUUUUUGGAGUGGUUGCCAUAGUGUUCAGACAAACCAAUAUAAUCUGGGUGCUGUUUGUGUUGGGCUUAACCAAGGGAAGACAACUCAUAAUUUGGAUGGAGCAAGAAAAGAAAGAUAUUACACGGAUGACAGACUUAAGAACUUUAAUCACGUUAUUCAAUUUAAUUUUCAAAUCGGUCAGACACAAACCUUCUCGGAUCUUUGAGCUGAUCCAAGCCAUCGUUAAAUCAACUUGGUGUUAUAUUGCAGUGGUCAUCAGCUUUAUAACGUUCGUGUUUAUAAAUGGUGGGAUUGUCGUGGGAGAUAAAAGUCAUCAUCAAGCAUGUUUAAACUUUCCACAGAUCUUCUAUUUUCUGUGUGUAACGUUAGCGUUUUCGUGUAUGCAUAUCGCAAGUCCCUCGAAAAUUGUCUACUUCUUGAAAUUUUCGUUUCAGAGUCCCGUAAAAGUGUCUGUGUUUGUGUUAUUAGCAUAUUAUUUAAUCGCAAAUUACACCUACGUUCAUGAAUAUUUAUUAGCUGACAAUCGUCACUAUCCAUUUUAUGUCUGGUCAAAGAUAUUUAAACGUCAUGAAAACGUCAAAUAUGGGCUUAUAGUUGUUUAUCUAUUCGCUGCAAUAGCCGUUUCCAAAGCACUCGAAAAUAAAGACGUGUUUUGGAAGAUUGUAUUCUUAAUAUGUCUUUGUGCUUGUAGCAUUCCUCAAAAACUGUUAGAAUUUAGAUAUUUCAUUAUUCCAUAUUUAAUAUUUCGAGUUAAUAUUACAGUAACUUCUAAAUUUAAAUUAUUUUUAGAAUUGUUGUUAUAUAUCAGUAUUAACGUUCUCACCGUUUAUAUCUUUAUUUAUAAAACGUUUAAAUGGAGCGAUUCGGAUGAUCUUCAAAGAUUUAUGUGGUGAUGGGAUAGGAAACAAAAUAUUUAUGUUGGUAAUAGAGACAGAUAUAUGCCAUGCGGUGUGAGAGAGAGAGAGAGAGAGAGAGAGAGAGAGAGAGAGAGAGAGAUCCACUGGACACAAACUAGGUUAUUUUGAGACUAACAUGGUUCAAUUUUAUUUCAAUAAUUCGCUUGCGCGUAGGAGUCUUUAGCAGUGGAGGGGGGUUGGAUGGCCGAAUGGUUAGCACGCGCGCGCUGUAUCAUACGGUCUGUCAUUGAGUCAACUGGGGGACCCAGCAAAAACCCACGAGAAUGGACAGACAACCCUGCUCCUGGUCACAUCAUGUACAACCGGGGAAUCGAUACCACGCCAGUUGACUCAAUGACAGACCUUAUGAUACAGCGCGCAGGCACUAACCAUUCGGCCAUCCUAUGUCCUAUGAAGGAAUUUCAGCAAGGGCACCAGCAUUUUCAUCUGCUCUACAUCAAAUUCCAACUGCAAGGAAAGGGUUCUUUUUUUUACAUGCCUAUGUAUCCAUGAAACCUCAGUUCUUGGUCCCAUCAAACAACCUUGUUUUAAACAUUUUGAUUAGGCUUAAUAAUUUCUCUUACAGAGCUGUCAUGACAUUAGGAAUUUUUAAUGGGUUUGACAGGGUUUAUAAGUUGCAAGCAAGAAAUCCAAGACUGACUAACAUGUACAAUACAUUAUGAAUUUUUAAAGAGUUUGACAGGGUUAUCAGUUACAAGCAUGAAAUCCAAGACUAACUUACAAUACAAAUGAAAUAAUACUUAAUUUAUAUUUCAUCGAAAACAGGCGUAUUUAUUCAUUGUUAUCUGCUAGGCUUGAUAGGAACUGACCAUGUGAUUGAUCUAUUUUCUAUAAAAGUCUGGGACCAAUAAAAUCCAGUUUGAUGUCACACAAAAUUUUGAUCAGCAUACAAUCUGAAUAAAACACAGAUCUUAUUUCGUUUUGUUUUUUAUAGUUCAAUAUUUCGUUUUACUUGUCUUUACUACGCCAGGAUCUGGAAGAGUUGUUAUAUAACCCUCGUUCUGGUUGAUGUGAGGGAUAAGCCAAUGAAACCGGUUUGUUGUAGCGAAUUCUUGGCAUACGAUGCACGGAACUGUUGGUAAUUUACCAGAAACAUCAACGCUGAUUGGUUAAUCAAAUAUCUGAUGUCAUACGGUCGAAACCCACUCGUAUGACUGCUGACGCGACCUUACACUACAACUGGUCAGAUCUUCAUGUAGUAGAGGCCAUUGAAAGUAUAAAAAAACCAAAACGAAAUAUAGAUCUGUAUUUUAAUUACAUGUAGAUUGGAUCAGCAUAUAGAAUAGUAUUUUUGUCAUAUCAUCAUUUAUAUAUGUAGACUUGUAUCAUCGUGUUGUUAAUAGGAAAUAUAUAUAGAUUCCUACCUAACGUAAACUCAUUUUUAUCAACAGUCUUUUUAAAUGUGUUCAGUUGUCUUACAAUUUAUAAAUAAUUCCAUCUUUAAUUAAAGAUUAUCUAAAAGCUAGAUCUGCCUAUUGCAGUCUUUCUUUUGGCUUCAUUUGUUAUAUAAAUUAUUAAUUAGUUAUUUUUUAGAAUGACAAGCCUAUAAUCAACACUCUAGAUCAUCCAAAGGUUACGUAUUUAAGAUUUUAUUACUUACUUUGAAAUGGUUAAAUAAUUUAGCUCCUGUUUACCUCUCCAAUUUUUUGGAACUUUAUACAUCUAACCGAACAUUACGUACAUCAGAUAAACUACUUUUAAAGCCCAAAACUGUUCAACUAGUCUCUUAUGGUCAGCGCUCUUUUAGUUAUCAUACACCUGUUUUAUGGAAUAAUCUACUAAGAUAUUGUACAUCUCUAUAUUCUUUUAAAACACAACUUAAACACAUUUAUUUAAUCAGGCUUUUAACUGACUCUGUAUACAAUCGUUAACAUGUCCAUAACCUUGUUGUUUAUUUAUGAUUACAUUGUCAAUUUGAAAAGUGUCCCUAAGCAUGUUAUAUAAUAGGCAUAGGCGUACGGGCUGGGGUGGCGGCCGUCCCCCCAUUUUGGGCACCAAAUGCUGGGAAAAUUUGGGCACACAAUUGUACUUUGUAAAAGUUGUAUACAAAAAUAUUGUGUUCUUGAAUGUGUCCAAUUUAACAGCGAAUUUAUUAUUAUUAUGUAACAUACUAAGAACCUAACUACAUUUUUGGGGCACCAACCACCACCGCCCCCCCCCCCCAGUCAAAAAUUUCCCGUACGCCUAUGAUAAUAAGAUGCACUAUAAUAAUAAUAAUUUAAUCUGUUAAAAUUAAAAUGGAAUAUUAAUUUUUUGUUGAUUAUUUGUUUAUUAUGUAGCAAUAUGGAAACUUCAAACAAUUAUAACUCAAUUUGAUUAAAACACAGAUCGUAUUUCGUUUUGUUUUUAUAGUUCAAAAUUUCGUUUUACUUGUCUUUACUUCACCAGGAUCUGGAAGAGUUGUUAUCAUUGACGUGUUUUGGAUGAUAUGAGGGAUUAGCCAAUGAAACGUUCUGUUACUGCAAGCUUUUGGUGUGUGGUGCACGAAACUGUGGGUAAUCCACUAGAAACAUCAAUGCUGAUUGGUUAAUCAAAUGUCUGACGUCGUAGGUUCAAAAGCCGCUCGUAUGACCUCUGAAGAGGCCUUCCAAAGCAACCGGUCAAUCUUCAUGUAGUGUAGGCUACCGAAAGUAUAAAAAACAAAACGAAAUAUAGAUCUGUGUUUUAAUCAGAUUGAUAAUAACUUUUUCAGAAUAAAGCAAUUUGACUGAAAUUUUCAAUAUAUUCAUUUUUCAUUAUCUAUUUUAAAACUGUCAGCACUUUAUCUAGAAGUGGGUUAUAUGCACAUGAUGGAAGACAGAGAGAAAUGGGUCAUUUCGGGACUAACAGCACUUAAAUCAUAUGGUCAAUAAAAAAAAAAAAUUUAUAUAAUAAUAAUACAUGUAUGUCCAUUUAUAUAGCGCCAAAUCCACGAAACAUGUUCAUAACGCAAACAUACAACAACUAUAUACAAACGUUCAUGAUAUGAGGUUGCCUUUCAUAUGACUGUAAUAGUAAGUGCAGGAGGACCGCACUACACGCAAAACAAAAAUCUACAAGAUAAACCUGCGAACAAGACAGAAAAUAGACAUUGCACCAAAUAAACAAAUAUCAAAUCAAGUGAAUGGAUCCGGGGGCCAGCCAUAAGCGUCCACUGCACUGUACAGUCCCAGGCCUGUAGUGACACAGACUUCACUCAACAUUAAGACAAACAAUCAGGAAUACAAAAAAGACAAAACAGAAAUAAUGCGACCAAUUUUGACAGUGGUCGUAUUUUCUCAAUUUUUGUAAUGAAUUUUUGAAAUCAAGAUUUGAAGAUUGACAAAGAAGUCUCAAAACGCCAUUCAAACAUUUAGUGGUUUCUUCACAUAUAGCCCCAUGUCCCCGGUUGUACGUGACAAGGAGUAGGGGCGCCUGUCCAACCUCGUGGGUUUUCUCCGGGUCCUCCGGUUUCCUCCCACUGCUAAAGACCCCUAUGCGCAAGCGAAUUAUUGAAAUAAAAUUAAACCAUAUGUUAGUCCCGAAAUGACCUAGUUUGUGUCGAGUGGACGUUAAACCCCAUUUCUCUCUCUCUCUCUCUAUAGCCCCAUGUUUGGUCAAGUGUUCUAUUAAAGAUACAUUAUGUAAGAUUUAAAUAAAGAGUUGAUUGUUCUUGCUAUAAUAGUUUAAAAAUAGAUAAUGCAAAAUGAAUACGCUGUAAACUUGGUCGAAUGAUUCGUCUAAUAUGUCGACCGCUUUAGUUAAAGACCCCGUCAUCAAUUUUCGUACAAUAUCUAAUUUUACAUGGUUUAAAGAUACAUUAUGUAACAUUUAGAUAAAGACUUGACCGUUCUUGCUAUAAUAAUAGUUUGAAAAUAGAUACUGAAAAUUGAAUAUACUGAAAAUUUCAUUCAAAUUACUUUAUUCUGAGCCAAGUAAUUACAGGUGUACAGGUGUGUACACAUAUAGCAAAAUAUUUCGACGUGUGUUCUUGUGAUAUAAACUGUGUUUUAAUUUUAUUUAUAUUAAAGUUGCAAUUUCAUAUUUUUACGUUAUAUUUUUAAAAUUUAUUAAAAUAAAGCCUUAAAAUAGAUGGUAUCUAUAAACAGUCCUACCUUGUUAAAGAAUAAUCCUGUUAAUCCUAUAAUUCACUAUUGCCAGUUGAGAAAUUGGCAAAAAUAUCAUUUUCAUCUUCAAAUUCAAUUGUUUGAAGAUAACUACUCCAUGGUGGAGAAUAGAAAACAAGGGAGGUAAUUGUGUUAUUAUUUUCGGUGUAAAUAAGUUUUAAGUGUGAGAAUGACGCCUAUGAUCGUAUAAUAGUGAGUUGACCACCUAUUGAGCAAAAGACAUAGAAAUAAUUAUGUUUUGACUUUCUUAGAAAAUAUGAAAUUGUGACUUUAAACAUACAUUAGGCAACGAGCUAAAUCUACCUAUUGCAGGUCUUUCUUUACCCUGAAAUGGUUUCUAAAUUAUUAAUUAGACAUUAAUUAACUUAUCCAGGCCAUAAUCAACUCUUGAUGGCAUCGGAUUUCUCUGAUAUUAAAUAGAUUAGAACAGUUCAGCCAUAUUUUGAUUUAAGCUAAAAAUGGAGGAGCGAGACUUAGCUUAGAACAACCAGUAUUGUGGUUCGAAAUUUUUGCACACGUCUUGUCAGACCUUCAAAGACUAAUAUCUUCGCUUGCAAUAGAGUAAUUUGAAUGAAAUUUUCAAAUUAUUCAUUUUACAUUAUCUAUUUUCGAACUAUUAUAACAAGAAUGGCCAGCUCUUUAAUGAAAUCUUACAUAAUGUAUCUUUAAACUAUUAUAGCAAGAAUGGCUAGGUCUUUAUCUAAAUCUUACAUAAUGUAUCUUUAGUGUAAAGUAAGGUAUUUGUUUUUUGUUGUAUUUUCUUGUCAGACGUUGACGUCCAGAAUUAAACAAGACGGUUUAAUAGUU